UCUCGACUCCUAUACGGACUCUGGCUUUUAAGCGGACCACGCUGCCCUCCUCUCUUCCUUUUCUCCCCAGCAACACUCUUUUCUACCAUGAUAGCGGCCGCUCUUCUCCUGGCCGUGGCGGUCCCCGUCCUAGCGGGCCCUAACACCGAUGCUGUGUCUGUAUGCCAGCACCUGCAUACCGUCUACCCUCAGUACACUGUCUGGGAUCCCACCGGAACCUAUGCCACAGAGACAUUCUGGAACCAGUCCUACUAUACCAACACUGUCAAGGAAUACUGGAAUGGUGUCAAUGCCGACAACCGUCCUGCCUGCGCCUUCUUCCCCGCCAACGCAGAACAGGUGUCCGUCGCUGUUCAGCAACUGAACAAAUACCCUACUGCCCCAUUUGCCCUCAAGUCCGGCGGCCACAACUUCAACGCGGGCUUCUCCAGCACCAAUGGCGGCGUCCUUCUCUCCUUCAACGAGAACCUCUCCUCCACCACCCGCAACCCCGACGGUCAAACCUUCGACGUCGGCCCCGGUGCCCGCUGGGGCGACGUCUACACCGUGGCCGAGAAAACGAACCAAGUCGUCGUGGGAGGCCGACUAGCCAACAUCGGCGUAGCUGGCUACACCCUCGGCGGAGGUCUAUCCUACUACUCUGCCCAAUACGGUCUCGCCUGUGACAACGUCGUGAACUUCGAAGUCGUCCUCGCCAACGGCACCAUCGUCAACGCCAACACCACGUCGCACCCCGACCUCUUCUGGGCCCUCCGUGGCGGCGGCAACCGGUACGGAAUCGUCACCAAAUUCACCAUCCAGGGCCACCCGCUCGGCACGAACGGCCAAAUCUGGGGCGGCAUGCGAUUCUACAGCGCCGACAAACGACAACAAAUCUUCGAAGCCCUCUCUAACUUCACACGGGACUACCCAGACGCCAAAGCCGCCGUAAUUCCCACCUUCGACUUCGGCCUCCCCGGCGCCCUCGUCUCCAACCCCACCCUCUUCUUCUUCUACGACGGCUCCAAACCCCCCGCCAACGCCUUCGUCGGCCUCGACAAAAUCGAAUCCCUCUUUUCCACCACCAAAGCCCAAUCCUACACCGAACUCACCAACGAAGCCGGCGGCGCCAAAAUCUACGGCAUCAACGCCGCUGCCCGCGUGAAUACCUUCCCCAACAUGCCCCCCGCUCAAAUGUCCCAACUUCUCGAAACUCACUGGACCACGUACCAAAGCAUGAUCAAGAACGAUUCCUCUCGGAAUCUGGAUAUCCAAAUCGGGACGUUCACUCCCCAGCCCUUGUCUGUGCGAAUUGCCCGUGCCUCGACGGAGCGUGGGGGGAACGCACUAGGUCUGGACCCGAAUAACGGGGAUCGGUUCUGGUUCGAGAAUGAUCUGAUCUGGAUCAACCCGGUGUGUAAUGAUGCGUGUCCGGAGUAUUUGCGCCAAGUGGCGGAUACAACGCUGGAAUCGUUUGAAAAGACGUUGAAGGGCACGAAACCGACGAAUUGGAAGAGUGGGGAUGUGGAUUGGGUUUCGGUCAACCCCCUCUUCAUGAACGACGCCGCAGAUUACCAAGACGUAUACGCCAGUUACGGAAGUGCGAAUCAAGCCCGAUUGGAGAAUAUCGCCAAGGCGUAUGAUCCGAGUCGGUUUAUGUUUCGGCAGGGGGGGUGGUCGUUUUAGAUUUGAUGGAUAUGUAUAUACUCUGUGAGAUGGUUUGAUCAGGGUGAUGAGUGGGCUCCAACCUAAUCCAUCAUCAACCAAGGUUGUGGAACAUGUCACGUUAGAUAUACUUAGUAUACUUCGUAUGAAGUUAAUGCAUGCGGCAU